CGCCUGCGCCCGCGGAGCUGUUCGUCAGGACGCGCCUGCUCGUUCUCGCCCAGGCCGCACACACGCCCGCGCGCCCGCGGGUGAGAAGGCGGCGUGCGACCCGGGGGGGGGCGGGGGCGGCGGAGCGGAGCGUAGAGAGGGUGCAAGAUGGCGGACCGCUUCUCGCGCUUCAACGAGGACCGCGACUUCCAGGGUAAUCACUUCGAUCAGUAUGAAGAAGGACACCUGGAAAUUGAGCAAGCAUCUCUCGACAAGCCUAUAGAAUCGGAUAAUAUUGGACAUCGCUUACUCCAGAAACAUGGGUGGAAGCUGGGCCAGGGAUUGGGAAAAUCUCUUCAGGGGAGAACCGACCCGAUCCCCAUCGUUGUCAAGUAUGACGUCAUGGGCAUGGGCCGCAUGGAGAUGGAGCUUGAUUAUGCUGAAGAUGCUACCGAACGGCGCCGUGUCCUAGAAGUGGAAAAGGAGGACACAGAAGAGCUUAGGCAGAAGUACAAGGAUUAUGUCGACAAAGAGAAGGCCAUCGCCAAGGCCUUGGAAGAUCUCCGAGCCAACUUCUACUGUGAGCUCUGUGACAAGCAGUAUCAGAAGCAUCAGGAGUUUGACAAUCACAUCAAUUCCUAUGACCACGCACACAAGCAGAGACUAAAAGAUCUCAAGCAGAGAGAGUUUGCCAGAAAUGUCUCUUCAAGGUCCCGAAAAGAUGAGAAGAAACAAGAGAAAGCACUCCGGCGGCUCCAUGAGUUGGCAGAGCUAAGAAAACAAGCAGAAUGCGCACCCGGGAGCGGCCCCAUGUUCCGACCAACCACAGUGGCUGUGGAUGAAGAAGCAGGAGAUGAGGACAAGGAUGAAUCGGCCACCAGCAGUGGUUCGGGGGCUGCCGCAGGGUGCAGCCUGGGCCCUGAGCUCUCCUCGGAGAAAGGAGGCCCCUUCACUGCAGUGCCAGGCACAAGCUCCACUGGGCCGGGCCAGGCUUCUGGACCAGCCUCCCAGGGCGUCAGUUUUGGCUUUAAGAACAACCUAGGGACCCCGUUGCAGAAACUGGGGGUGUCAUUUUCCUUUGCCAAGAAGGCACCAGUCAAACUCGAGUCCAUAGCUUCAGUUUUCAAGGACCACGCAGAAGAAGGAUCCUCUGAGGAAGGAACAAAGCCUGAUGAGAAGGGUUCUGACCAAGGGCUACAGAAGGUGGGGGACGCUGACUUGAGUGGGAGCACAGAGGGCAAAAAGGAUGACGAGGACCUGCAGGAUGGGGGGGCCCUCGCCUCCACACUGUCCAAGUUAAAACGGAUGCGGCGGGAGGAGGGCACUGGUACAGCAGAGCCUGAGUAUUACCACUACAUCCCACCGGCACACUGCAAGGUGAAGCCCCACUUCCCCUUCUUGCUCUUCAUGCGUGCCAGCGAGCAGAUGGAGGGUGAGGCCAACGCACACCCCAAGGGCACCCUGGACAGUAAGAAGAGUGGCUCCCCCAAGGCAAAGAGCUCUUCCAGGGUGGCCCCCAGCCAGGCAGCAGAGCAGGAUGCCAGCAACAGCCUUGAACCAGCCAAGGAACCAAAGGAAUCGAAGGAGAAGGAGGCCACCACAGAGGCUGAGCCCACUCUGCCCCGGGGCCGAGCUGAGGCCAGGAAGGCCCCUGCGGGGAACACAGGGGAACAGAGUGCAGGAGAGCAGGGUGCACCUGGGUCAUCCGAGGUGCAGCUGCGCGAGCCUGCACCUGCCAAAGAACCCCAUGCACCUGGCACUGGAACUUCAGGGAGGGACGUCCAGGAGGGCCCCCGGCUGCCAACUGGGCCCUUCUUCCCAGUGCUGAGCAAGGACGAGAGCACAGCCCUGCAGUGGCCGUCGGAGCUGCUCAUCUUCACCAGGGCAGAGCCCUCUGUGUCCUACAGCUGCAACCCUCUCUACUUUGACUUCAAGCUCUCCAGGAGCAAGGAUGCCAGGUCCAGAGGGGCAGAAAGAGCAAAGGAUGCUGCUGGCCCCUCCAGGGAUACCCUUCUGAGCACCGAGGCUGCUGGACAGAGCGGAGACAAGGACCUGGGACAGCCCCGGGCAGACGUGGGGCUGGCAGUGGCUGCUCCAGAAGGACCUGAGCCCGGGGGCAGCCAUGGCCCAGCACCCCAGGAUACAGUGCGGAGCCUGGGCAGCCGCAAGGAGCGCCCUGGGAGGGCACACCGGCACAAGAAAAAGAAGAAGCAUAAGAAGUCCAGCAAGCACAAGCGUAGGCACAAGGCCGACCCAGAAGAGAAGGGUUCUAGAACUGAGCCUGGAGAGAAGGCCAAGAAGCGCAAGAAACGGAAGCGCAAGAAGAAGUCCACGGGUGGGGCCGACUCGGAGCGGGGCCCCAAGCCUGAGCCCCCAGGCAGCGGCAGCCCCCCUCCACCUAGGCGGCGGAGGCAGGAGGAAUCCCAGCGGAGACCCCUGCCCUCCACUGAUGAGGGCAGUGGGGGCCAGCAGAACGCAGGUGGGGGCACACAGGAGCGCAGUGGGCGCAGACACCGGGGUGAGCCCCCCACCACCUCCUGCCAGCACCGGGCCAACACCCCAAGGACCAGCAACCCCCGCUGCCACAACCAGCCCAGCAGUGGGGAAGACGAGGAAAGUGAUGGUAUCUUGUCACACCGGCUGCACCAGGAGUCCCCAUCACAGUACAGCGAUGAGGAGGAGGAGGAGGAGGAUGACAGGGAGGAAGAAGAGGAAGAGGACUCUGGUAGUGCUCGCUCCCGCAGCCACUCAAGAGGGCACCGCCACUCCUCACACCGCUCCUCCCGCCGCUCCUACUCCAGCAGCUCAGCCGCAUCCUCAGACCAGAGCUGCUACAGCAGGCCCCGCAGCUACUCAGACGACAGCUACAGUGACUACAGUGACCACUCACGCAGACACCCAAAGCGUUCCCACGACUCAGACGACUCAGACUACACCAGCCCCAAGCACCGCUCCAAGCGCCGCAAGUAUUCAUCCUCUGAAGAAGAUGACUACAGCCUUAGCGGCAGCCAAUCCCACAGCCGGUCCCGCAGCCGGUCCCGGGAGCACUCAAGGUCUCGAUCCCUCAGCAGCAGUCAAAGCCGGAGCCAGCGGAGGAGUCGCAGCACCACCGCACACAGCUGGCAGCGCAGCCGCAGCUACAGCCGGGACCGAAGUCGCAGCACCCGCAGCCCCUCCCAGAGGUCCGGCUCCAGGAAAGGGUCGUGGGGUCACGAGAGCCCCAAGAACCGGCGAUCCGGCCGAAGGGACUUCAUUCGCUCCAAGAUCUAUCGCUCUCAGUCCCCCCACUACUUCCAGUCAGGCCGGGGUGAUGGUGUUGGGAAGAAAGAUGAUGGUCGAGGAGAUGACAGUAAAGGGACAGGCCCACCCCAGAACAGUAACACCAGCAUGGGAAGAGGUUCAGAAAGUGACUGUAGCCCUGCGGAUAAGAACUCUGUCACUGCAAAACUGCUUCUGGAGAAGGUGCAGUCCAGGAAAGGGGAGCGGAAACCCAGUGUGGGCGAGGAGGUGCUGGCCACCCCUAAUAAGGCUGGGCUUAAGCUCAAGGACCCACCACAAGGUUACUUUGGGCCCAAGCUCCCCCCUUCUCUAGGCAGCAAGCCUGUCCUUCCACUAAUAGGGAAGCUCCCAGCUACCCGAAAGCCCAACAGAAAAUGUGAGGAGUCUGGGGUAGAAAGAGGGGAAGAGCAAGACCAGUCAGAGACAGAAGAGGGGCUCCCUGGGAGUGGGCGCCAGUUCCCUACAGAAAACACUGCUGGUCCCUUAUUGGACCCACCCCCAGAAGAGCCCAAGUCCGAAGAAGCUACUGCUGACCACCCCGUGGCUCCACUGAGUACCCCAGCACACUCUGACUGCUACCCUGGGGACCCAGCUGGCCCCCAUAGCUACCUCCCUGACCCCAGCGAUGGGGACACCCUGGAGUCCCUGGAAAGCAGCAGCCAGCCAGGCCCUAUGGAUGCAGGCUUGCUGCCUGCAGCCCCCGACCUGGAGCACUUUGCAGGUUAUGCACCUCCCAGCGGGGAGCCCAGCAUCGAGUCAGCUGAGGGAGCAGAGGAUGCCUCCCUGGCUCCCCUGGAAAGCCAGCCCAUCACCUUCACACCUGAGGAGAUGGAGAAGUACAGCAAGCUCCAGCAGGCUGCGCAGCAGCACAUCCAGCAGCAGCUGCUGGCCAAGCAAGUGAAGGCCUUCCCAGCCUCAGCCACCCUGGCCCCCGCUGCCCCUGCUCUGCAGCCCAUCCACAUCCAGCAGCCAGCCACCGCCUCAGCCACCUCCAUCACCACGGUGCAGCACGCUAUCCUGCAGCACCACGCAGCCGCCGCUGCUGCUGCCAUUGGCAUCCACCCUCACGCCCACCCCCAGCCCCUGGCCCAGGUGCACCACAUCCCCCAGCCCCACCUGACACCCAUCUCCCUCUCCCACCUCACCCACUCCAUAAUCCCCGGCCACCCUGCCACCUUUCUCGCCAGUCACCCCAUCCACAUCAUUCCUGCCUCCGCCAUCCAUCCUGGGCCCUUUGCCUUCCACCCUGUCCCGCAUGCUGCCCUCUACCCCACCCUGCUUGCUCCUCGGCCUGCCACAGCAGCUGCCACCGCCCUGCACCUUCACCCACUGCUUCACCCCAUUUUCUCAGGGCAGGACCUGCAGCACCCCCCCAGCCAUGGCACAUGAGUUGGGAUGCGGGAGCCUCCCCAGCCAGGGCAGGUGCCCGAAACUUCCCACUGGUGUGCGCCGGGUCCAGAAGCCAGAGAACCAGGCUUCGGCUUGCAAGGCUGGGCUGGGAGUGAGGCUUGCUUUGGGUUUACUAUCAGGGACCCCCUUUUGUCCGUUCUCUUUGUCCUCCCUCUCCUUUGUUAACUAGGGAGCUCCUACCUGCUGCCUACCCUGGUGCAGGGACACCUCCAGGUCACCACCCACAUGUAGUUCCCACUUGCCUCUACUUUUUAUCCUGUGCUCCUUUCUAUGAACCUCAAGACAUUUUCCCAUUUCUGGCACCCAGAAGGUCACAGGUCCAUCCACUCCUGCUUCCCUGGUGCCCACUGCUUCCCCUGCAGUGAACACUCUGCCACCUCGAGGCCGUGUCUUCCACAUCCCUUGGUGACAUGUUGUCCAGGUGAGGCGGAAUAGAAAUAGGAUCUGGAGCCAGAUGUGGGCCACGUGGUCCACUUCUUGGCACUGCAGGCUUUGAGUUCCUCACCUGGAAGAGGCCUCCAAGAGCCCAUGAGAGAGGGUCCUUUCCUGACCUGGGCAGCACAGCCCUCAGUGGGGUGCUCCCCAGGGCAGGCACAUGUGUCCGGAGGGUGUAUCUUCUGUUGUGUUGAUGUUUCCUUCUUAAUUUAUAGAAUUUUUUAAUGUAAAAAUUGCACUGAACUCUAUAAACGUAAAUGCUGCUUUUUGUAGCUCAUAUAAAAAGGUUCAUAUUUGUAGUAUACUGCAAUAAUAUUUUUUACAUCCAGCUCUUUAAGUGAUCCUUGUUCUGGUGGCUUUGUGUAAAUAUAUUUGCCCUAGUUGAAUUAAGAAACUUUAAGGGUUAUAAAAUGAAAACAAAAUAAAAGUUUUUGUUUUCUGCUAGAUACAAAAAUGACUGAGCAUGCAUAUUUUAUCAAGCUCAUGUAUUCCUCCAAGUUAGGGCCAGUGCCGCACGGAGGCAGCUGGGGUGGGGCUGCAGCGCAGGCCCCGAAGCUGUGUGCUCCCCAAGCAGUGAGACCCAGGAGCUGACUGGAGCCCUGGAUUUCUGGACAGCCCCUCGGCCUUGUCAGUGCUUAGCUUCUGGCAGUUUCUCCCAUGUGCCUUCCAGGUUUUCUGGAACCUGAAGAGCAGCAGGCUGGAGGGGCAGAAUCUGUGGUUUCUGCCUCUUCACUUAGAAGCUGCACCGCUUAGAACAUACACUGUCUGCUUCUGCCAGCCAGGUUUCAGCAGUGCAGGCUGUUGUGAUGGAUGCUGACCGAGGGAUGCCUCUCCUGCUCUUCUGGCCCAAAGUUCUUGGGGUGCAGGUCCCAAGGUCUUUGAUAUGUCCCUGCCCAGUCCGGUGGCUAGAACUGAGUGGUGGGCUGGCAGGAGAAAGGAACUCCCUCUCCUGGGCCCAGUCUCUGUGUUCUGCCUUAUUCCCCAGAGUCUUCAGGGACGAGGUCUGCACCUGGAAGCUCUAGGUGCCUCCUGUGUGGUGCCACCUCUGUGCCUGGCUGCAUGGCACCCAGGACAGCCAGCACUGGAAGAGCAGAGCUACUGUCCUUUGGCCCAUGAGAUAAUAAAUAACGUGAUAUUAAUGUCUUUGUGCUGCUUCCCAUUCGCUUGCAGAUUGAGCCGGGCGUGCUCUGGCCACCUUGCUGCCUUCCCUGGGGGCAGUUUUAUUAAAUUUCCAGAAUAGUGAUUUUAAAACCUAGAAAGGAAAAAUAAAAUGACCAGGCCUUACUGACAAGCGUAACAUUGUAUUUAACUUGACCACCAUGUGAUAGCAGUACUUGCUGUAUAAUGAGAAGGCCCUUCCAAUAAACCAGCACACUGUGGCAAAGUAA